AUGAGCUUCAGUAACGUUCACGUUGAGGAAAUGGCCAGUAGACUUGUUCAUAAUUUAGCUCAAGGUGUGACCAUGAAGCUGAUGGAUGAGGUUGCUGGAAUCGUAGCAGCUCGACACUGCAACACUAACAUCGUCACUGCUUCUGUGGAUGCCAUUAACUUCCAUCGCAAGAUUAAGAAAGGCUGUGUGGUGACUGUGACGGGGCGACUUACAUUUGUUAGUAACAAGUCCAUGGAAAUUGAAGUGUUGGUGGAAGCCGCCUCACUGGUGGAUGAGGAGAAAGGGAGAUACCGUGCUGUCUCAGCAUUCUUCACCUUCAUCUCCCUUGACAAGGACAAUAAGCCACUGCCUGUCCCUCCUCUGAAGAUUGAAGGAGAGGACGAGCAGACACGUUCUGAAGAGGGCAAGGCACGCUAUCUCCAGAAUAAAGCAAAGAGACUCGCAGAUAAAGAGCGCCGACAGUGAUAUCGAGGUUCACCAGACUCAAACAUGUGCAGCAUUAUUUUAUUCUCUCUCCCCGACAAGAAGAAGUAGAAUUACCCUCUUGCUCUGAUCAUAGCCUGUUAAACCUGGUUUUGUGAUCAUUACUUUAUCCAGUCAUGCUACAAGCCAAACUGCCCAUACAUAGCUGUGUAAAAUAAAAAUGAAAAUGUAAAAGUACCUAUUUUAUUAAUGUGUGAAAAUUAUUCCGUAAGAGCAAAUUGUCUGUA